ACGCCUAGCCUUACGUAGGAGACGUACGCAUGAACGAAGCUGUGUUUCCGGGUACAGUAGGAAGGUAGUGCGUAGGCUAGUACACCACGGGCAACGCAUUGACUUAUGUCUUGACAUUGGCUAAUUUGUUUGGAAAAAUUUCAUCAAAAUGUCUCGGCAGAUGAAUCAAAGCCAGCAGAAACUUGCUGAGAAGUUAACCAUCUUAAAUGACCGUGGCAUUGGAAUGCUAGCACGCCUUUAUAACAUAAAAAAGGCUUGUCAGGACCCAAAAUCUAAACCCCCUUUCUUGUCUGAGAAAGCAUUAGAAGCAUGUGUGAAGAAGAUUGUCAACAGGUUUCCAACAACAGAUAUGAGCAAUGAUCAUGGCCAGUUGAAUGCUAUUGAUCAUAGGAAAGGAGAUAUAAUGAAGGUUCUUUCGAUUUAUUACUUAACUUUCAGAGAUAUCCUUGACUACAAGGACCAUGUAGCUGAGUUGUUGGUGAUAAUUGAUGCCUGUAGUGUGCGCUUUGAUAUUACAACCAAUUUUGAUUUAACAAAAGGGUACCUGGAUAUGGUUUGCACCUACAUCUCAAUAAUGAUCCUCCUAGCUAGGGUGGAGGACCGUAAAGCUAUGCUGGGGCUCUACAACCAGGCUUUCUACCUAUCCAAUAACAAAGUAGAACCUAAUUUUCAUCGUCUUGGUAAACUGAUUGUAGAUUUUGAGCAGCCUACCAGGCAAUUGCUAGAAGAAUUCACACCGCACACAAAGUGCCUCAGCUUUGCAUUGUUCUCCCUUCAACAAAUCUACCCACGUCGAAACCUCGGUGCUGAUCAAUGGCGGGCGCAGGAGAUGCUCAGUAUCAUUACAAAGCCUGCUGUUAUGCUGAACCCAGCACAGAGUGAUACAAUGCGGUGUGAGUACUUUUCUUUGGAUGCGAUGGAGCGAUGGAUCAUACUGGGUUUCAUGGUGUGUCCUAACUUACUGAACCAGCCAAGAGCAGUGAAUCUGUGGAAGCCUGCAUUACAAGGAGGUUACUGCAUUACCCUCUUCCGUGAUGAAGUUCUCACGUUCCAUAAAUACAUUGAGGUCUUUUUCGAUUCUAUCAAGGGAUAUAAUAAAAAAGCUGCUGAAGUAAAAGAAUGCAGUAUUCAUGCAUUACAUAAUGCACCUGGAGUUCAUUGUGACAGACGCAAGUACUUGAGGAUGGCCCUGCGGGAAUUGGUGACUGUCCUUAGUGAUCAGCCUGGACUCCUAGGUCCAAAGGCAUUGUAUGUAUUCAUGGCCCUAGCAUUCACCAAGGAUGAAAUCCUAUGGCUCGUCAGGCACUCUGAAUACAGGCCACCUAGGUCAAAGGUCAAGAUCAAUACAGAGGAUCUGAUGGAUGAGUGUCUUCCAGAACUGCUGUUCUUAAUGGAAGAACUACGAGCUCUUGUUAAGAAAUACAAUCAGGUGUUCCAACGUUAUUAUCUUCAGUAUUUGCGAGGAUACGAUGCCAUUGUACUUAAUAACAUUGUCAAGGGUUUAACUGUUUGUCCAGAAGAUGAGUCAGUCAUCCUGACUUCAUUUGUGAAUACUAUGGAAGGACUCAGUGUUAAACAGAUUGAAGAAGGAGAACUGUUUGAUUUCACUGGAUUUCGCUUGGACUGGUUUCGUCUGCAAGCCUACACCAGUGUCAGUAAGGCCACGCUGAUGUUGACAGACAACCAAGAACUUGGCAGGACCAUGAACUCCAUCGUCUUCCACACCAUGAUGGUUGAUCAUCUGGAUGAGCUUCUACUGGAGACCUCUGACCUUAGUGUGUUCUGUCACUUUGGCCGUUUCUUUGAGAAGUCCUUUGAACAAGGUCUUAAGGAUUUUUCCCAGAUGCGCUUCACUAUCGCAUAUCCACUCAUCUGCUCUCACUUCAUUGACUGUACACAUGACCUUUGCCCUGAAGAGAGAACGCCAUGGGAUUUCCGUGAAAGCAAAUCAUAUUUCAUGGAUCUGCGUUAUCAUAUUGGCGAGAGGAGUGUAUCCGUAACAAAUCUUUUUUUGGAUGAGAUGGCCAAAUCUGUGAAGAAUGUGGUUACUAAGAUUUGCUCAGAGCAAUGCACACUCAGUGACCAGCUACUACCAAAAAAUGCUGCAAUUGUUUUGGUCAUUGAUCUACAAAAGAAGAAUGCCAUUAAGGAACUAAACAAGAAACUCAAGAAUGUCCAGUCACCUCCCAAACCUGGUCUGGAGAGCUUCCGAAAAACCAGAGAAGACUUUACUGAAAUUGAUGAAUUCCACACCCAGCUCACAGAGCUUUGCUUUGCCAUUAACUAUGCUUCCUCAAUUACUGUGUGGGACCAUGUGUUCUCCCCAAGAGAAUACCUUAUCCAGCAUCUUGAAUCACGCUUUUCCAAGGCUCUUGUUGGGAUGAUGAUGUAUAACCCUGACACAAAGGAAAUUGCUAAGCCAUCAGAGCUGCUGCUUAGCGUCAAGACAUAUAUGGGGGUCCUACAGAGCAUAGAAAAUCAAGUUCAUAUUGACAUAACGCGAGUGUUCAACAGUGUGCUAUUGCAACAGACCCAGCAGCAAGAUGCCCACGGUGAAAAGACUAUAACAUUAAACUACACAAAUUGGUAUUUGGAAACAUUGUUGCGCCGUGUGACUGCUGGCCAAAUCUGCUACUCCCCCUACCAGAAGGCAUUUGUCAGCCUGGCCCCAGACCCUCAACUGCCAUUUAAUGCAGAAGAGUACACUGAUAUCACAGAGCUGCGUGCAUUGGCAGAAUUACUUGGUGCAUAUGGAAUGAAAUUCCUUCGUGAGAGUUUGAUGUGGCAUAUUGCUAGCCAAAUUGGUGAACUUAAGAAAUUGGUAGUGGAAAAUCAUGAUGUUCUACAGCAACUUCGAACAAGUUUUGAUCAACCAGACAAAAUGGCAGAACUCUUCUUGCAACUGAAAUAUGUGGAUAACUUAAUGACAAGACUAAACAUCAUUGGUGUCAUCCUGGCCUUCAAGAGCCUUACCCAAGAGGCAUUAGCUGAUGUUCUAAGUAUACGAGUCCCGUUCUUAAACAACUCGGUCAUUGACUUCCGUGAGCAUGUUCCAGAUGGUACUUCCAUGAUUGUUAAUGAGUUAGCAUCCAGCGUCGGCCUAUCUUGUAAUGUGGAUCCUGCACUUGUACGUGCCUUGCAAUCGGACAAAAGCAUUGACCCUGACCAGGACUACAACUAUUCAUGCCUUCUCAUCGUAUUCAUUGCGUUGAGCUUAAAAACUCUUGUGAAAAGUGAACAGACCAUUUACAAUUCCAUUCUGGAUGCGCAUCCUAACAACAGUCAUUGCCUUGCUAAGGCAAUAAACACCAUUGCAGCCUCACUCUUUGUGAUCCACAAUAAGAACGACACAGAGGAAAGACUCCAGGAGUUCCUUGCUUUAGCAUCAUCCAGCCUACUUCGGUUGAGUCAGGAAACGGACAAGAUCACAAUCAAAGGCAGAGAGUCGGUCUACUUGUUACUUGAUCAGAUUGUACAAGAGUCCCCAUAUUUAACACAAGACUUGCUGGAAUCUUGCUUCCCUUACGCACUGUUGCGGCAUGCUUACCACGCAGUCAUUCAAAAUGAAUAGCAUAUUUACAGGUUAGCCAUUUCCAUCAGUUAGUACUAUUGGUAUCGGUGUACUGAUUGGAAUCGGUGUAGUGUUAUGAGCGUGUACUGCUAUAGCUAUCAUUUUUAAUACUAUUGGCAUUGAUAUACUCCAAUGGCUGCUGAGUGUAUUAAUGUUUCAAUGUACCUGAAUCAUAGAUUGUUGUUUAUAACUACACUUAAAUAAAAUAUUAAUUGUGUAUAAUGUAAAUAAUUCUUAAUAACUUAAUUGCACAAACAUACUGUAAAUCAGAGAUGCUUAUAGGGAUCAGGGAUCUCAACCUUGAGGUCUGGCAUUGCUGUGCAUUUACCUUAUGUUCUUGGAAAAAACAUUUUACCUAUUGUUCUCUCUCUCCACUUAGGAUAUGUCGGCAUAGGAGAUGGACUAUAUUAAUAUAAUGGAAUAAGUACAAUAUUUAGUAACAUUGAAACAAUACCAGACUUGAGUUUGAAUCAUAAUUUUUAUUAAUAAUACAUAUGAGGAAUAUCCAUAAUAAUAUAUAUUAUGAAGAAUAUCCAUAAUAAUACAUAUGAAGAAUAUUCAUGGAUGAAUAUGGUAUUUAACUUUUAGAUUGAUAGGUAUUUAUUAGAUGAUUGGAAAUAACAAUGAAAGAAAGAUAAGGUUUGUAAAUUAGUAAAAAAAAUAUAUAAAGGCCCAUUUACAGCAUAAUAAAACAGAACCUAUUAUAUUAUUUAUAGCAACUCAAACAACAACUGUUAUGAUGCACUGUGUAAGUGCGUUUUUAUCGCUAUUGUGAGCUGCUGUUGUGUUUUGUGUUAAUAGGAAUCAUUGUAAAUUGAUGACCUAUCCUUUUAUAGGAGAUAUUCAAUGUAUUAAUUUAUGUUUUUUAUGGGUUUUCAUAGUUUAUGAUUUUACAUAAAUUUAAGUUUCUUAAAAACAGAUUCAUGAAAAUGUUCAAAUCAAUUUGGAGGAAGCAUUUAAAGAGGAUUCUUUAUAUUAGAAAUAUUUAAUAAUUGAAUGGGAAUUUUUCUGUGCCACAAUAUAAUUGUAACCUAAACAUUUCAAUUUACAUCUAAACACUGUAAAUAUACACGAUUUUAAUACAGCAUAUUAUUUUACAUGUUGUUUCAAGCAUUGUGACGAAAGCACCAUAACAAAUUAUUGUACAGUUUUCCCUGAUACUAUAGUAUGUAAAUUUAGUUGAGCAUUAUUAAUGUGUUGUUUUUAUUAUUAUUACUAUUACCUCUAGGGCCUACUGUGUAAAAUAAUUAUGUUGUGAUUUACAUGAUUUCUCACAAAGUUAACAUAACAUUACAAGUCAGAUAGGCCUAUUGUUUUGUGUACACAAUACUAUUUUAACCAUCUAAUAACUUGUAGAAUUAAAACCUUUUUAAGAAAGCAUAGCAUUUAACCAUUUUAUAAGCACUGCAGCACUUAUUAGAUCAUUUACAGUAUUGCUAAUAUAUGUUAUUUAUAUUAUUUAUUUAUUUUUUUUAUAUUAUUGCAUUUUUAUUAUUUUUAAUUACAAAAUUUAUUUACUUCACCUUAAACUUCUGUUGAUUGCCAUUUGUAUGCUGAUAAUUGAAUGCAGCAACCUCAACUGUUUAUAUAGUCACUAGCAUGCAUUUUAGACUAAAACAUGCAGUUAUGUUUCUUUGACAAGCAGUUAAUUUUUUGUGAAGAAAAUGUGUAUAAUGGUAAAUCUAGUUUAGAAAUGGUCUGACUCUGAACACAUUACGUUUGUAUAUAUUUUUACUCAUUUCAAAGAUAGAAAACAAAUAAAAAUAGCUUUCAUUUUAUGGUUGUUAUUCCUUUUUAGUUGCAUGCUAAAUUUAAUAUUUGUUCCUUAAUCAACCAACCAGCAGACAAACACACUGUGAUAAUACUGUGGAUGCCUUUGCAAAUACUGAACUUGCCUUUGGUAUUUUAUCAACCUUCCAAGGCAUUCAAUCCUGUGACUAUUCUCCUAUUUAAACUUCACAGUUAUGAAAUAUGUGGAACCACUAAUGGUCUUUUCAAAACUUGCCUAUCCAAUAAAUUUCAAUGUACGAAAUAUACAA